AUGCUCACAGAAGUUGAUGUCUUCAUUAGCAAUUAUACCCUAGUCGAUCCGGAAAUCUAUCAACUUUGGAUUGAAGGAUAUACUUCAACUGAAGCUGUGAAUUUUCUAAAGUUGAAAGAGAGCUCCCAAAUGAUGGGAGUUCCUGUUGAAUUAAUUUGUUCAGAUGUCCUGGAUCACUAUCGGACAUAUUCUCUCUUGGAGAGAAUUCUGCAUAUGCCAUCAAAAUUGUCUGAACAACCAUCAUUUCAGCUUGAGCCCCAAAGUCGUUCACUUCUGAUUGAAAAGUAUUAUUCUCUGGAUGAUGCUGUUGCACGUGAGAUUUUGGGGAAGAAAUUGUCAUCCAGGUACCGUAAGGAUCUCGAUGAGGUGGCUGAAAAGACGGGAGCUAAGCUCAAGUCGUGUCGUCGCCAAUUUGACAAUGUGAAGAGGAUUUUCAAGACUGUGGAGGAAAUGCCAGGAAAUAUGACGAACAAUAUUAAGCAGCAUUUUAUGUUGCCGGAUGAUUUGGCCAGGAAGUAUGCUGCUGUGGUAUUUAUUGCCUGCCUCAGAUUCGAAACCUCCAAACGUCGACUUCAGUAUCUGGAUUUCUUGGAUUUCUUUGAAUGUUCUCAAGCUGUUAUGACCUUUUGGACGUACACAUAUCAGCAUUCUGGUCCUGAAUACUAUGAUACAGAGAUGGAUAAAGAGUUUCUCCUGGACCUACGGGAAUUACGGUGUCUUGUGGACAAAGAAAAAGAGAUCAAACAUCUCGUGUGCAUAAGAUUGAAACCGACUCUUCUGGAACGAAACUAUCAGGAAUUGGAUAUCAAUUUCCGAUCAUAUUGGCGGGCUCUCAUUACAAUAGCGUGCAAUUUGCAUCGAACACGUGAAUUGAGGGGGCUAUUUUUGGAGUUAUCAGAGAAGCUCAUUGAUCCAUGGAGGCAGAAUAAUUGGACCGUUGAUCAAGUAAAAUUUUUCCUACCAGCCAUAACCCAGAGUGUGCUGGAUUUAGAAGUUUCAAGGGACCAAGACAUUCGUUGUCUGUGGGAUCGGUAUAUGCAAGUGAUCAGUACAUGUUUAAUACGUAUGUAUCAUACUUGACAGAGAAUGUGAAAAAAUGUGAUCAAAAGGAAUUCAAUAAAAACACGUCGAAGAGGAUGGCAUUGGCGAUGACUUACUAA